AUGCACCGUAAACAAGAAGACCUUUCUGGUCCUCUUAGCGGCAACAGAGGAAGAACUCUUAGUGAUAACCCACAGCCAGCUCUGAAGAAAGUUGUACAAGUAAAAGGAAAGGACAUUGAGAGGUGGCAGGGAGUCACACCUACUAAUUUAGCGAAUCAAAACACGCUAAUACCUCACGGGCAGUCACUGAUUGGUUCCGAAUGUCUUGAGCACCGCACAGCCAAGAAAAAGAGCUUUUUGAAACAGCUGAGGACGACCAUGAAGAAAAUGCUCCCUUUCUAUCAAAAGGCAAGCAAGAAAACUAAGCAGCAAGGAAGCCAGUCAGCCAAGCUGGCAAAGUCGGCCACAUCUGCUGUUUCCAGAAAGCACCGCCUCCUUCCGCGGAUUGUUACCGGAUUAUCUCCUCCCAAAAUAUUUCCAAAAUUGAAAAGAAGAAAGCUGUCUCCAAAUGGAACAAUUCAUUUGGAUGUGAACAUUGUGGAAGAACAUGCACAAAGCAUAAGCAGAACAAACACAGUUAUGCAGGCAAGGCGGAUGACAAGACGCAUAUCGGUGGUAUCGCUGCCGUCAGGGAUCCGAAAGGUUUCAGAUCUUCCUAAAAAGAAGACUUUCCCAGUGUUCAAAAAGAAGGAAAAAAGCAUGUCACCAAUGUGGUACCUCUCAGACAUAACAGUAGGGAAUCUUCAAAUGGAGGUGGAUAAUCUCUUGGAUAACAUCAGUGAAAAAUCCAUACAAUUGCUGGCUUUGAGAAGCGCAGAGCUACAACAAUGCGAAUCUUUGGGAAACAAGAUACUUCAGUCCUCUAAGCAGUUUCAAAGGGUUUCCUUAAGGACUACAAAGAAGCAUAAACUGAAAAAUAUGUGUUUUCCAUGUAGAUGUUGUUGCUGACACCCAUUUGGGAUGGUAACUGUAGAAAAGAUUUCAAGUUAGUUACAUUUACAUUUCAGCAGCUAUUUCACAGUCACAGGAAGUAUCACUGGGAAGACAGGAUAUUUCUUUGCUUACUAAUAGCAAUUCAAAUAGCUUUGGAUAUACAAGACUUGGCUUUUUAAAAAAAUAUGAAGUCAAUAAGAAAGACUUUGCAAAAAAAAAGGGGGGGGGGAGCUGUGUUGGUGCAUUGGAACUAUGCCUGGAAAAUGUAUUGUCGAAGGCUUUCACGGCCAGAUUCAACUGGUGGUUGUGGUUUUUCCGGGCUGUGUGGCCAUUGUCUGGUAGAUCUUGUUCCUAAUGUUUUGCCUGCAUCUGUGGCUGGCAUCUUCGGAGGUGUAUCACAGAGGGAAGCCUGUUACACACUGUGUCCAGUGAGAAGGGGAAAACGGAAAAAUAACAACUGGAAAAUGACAACAUAAAAAUAUGCCUGGAAAAAUAAUAACUGGACAAAGGCUUUUUGUUUACAGACAGGUAUUUCAUGCUUCACACUGCAAUUCUAAACAAACUUACACCC